AACCGCACUCUCAAGGGGCCCAACCGCAGAACUGCAAGAUGGUUCAAAGAUGUUUUACAUUGUUAAUGUCAUGCUUAAUUACAUGGUCCUUGUUGCAAACCAAAAGUGCCUGGACGCUGCGUGUUGGAGACUCGCCUGGCCAGGAGCGGCAAGAUCUUGAUGCGCGUCUCGGCUGCAGCUUUGAUGACGAGGGGUUCCCGCUGUGCGGCUGGACUCAGUCGGAUGAUGAUGCCGGAGACUGGAUCAGGAACUCGGGAGCAACCCCCAACCCCAACACCGGUCCACCUGGGGACCACACCACCGGAUCCUCCUUCUACCUCUACCUGGACUCUGCGUCCGUGGGAGCUGGGGGAGGAGUGAGGCUCCUGAGCCCCAGCAUCAACACCAACCAGAACGUGUGCCUGAGCUUCUGGUACCACAUGUACGGCGAUGAACUUAUGACAUUGAACGUGCACGUGCUGGAGGACGGCGGAGAGAGACCCGUGUGGCGCGCUGAGGGGCAGCAGAGCAGCACCUGGCUGCAGGGAACCGUCACCAUUCAGGCCAAGCCAGACACCCAGGUUAUCCUGGAGGGAAUUCGAGGAACAUCAAUAUUGAGUGAUAUAGGCCUGGAUGACAUUUCCGUGGCUGAGGGAAAUUGUUUUGAGUGUGUGAGCGGAUGUGAUUUUGAUAAAAUCGGGGACUUCUGUGGCUGGGAGAACAUUAAAGGGGGCUGGGAGCAAUGGAGCGGUGGCACAGAAACUGAGAACACUGGCCCUGACGAUGACUUCUCACGGCCUGGCUUUGGGAGUUACCUGCUGCUGGCCUCUGAGGUCAACGACCCUGGAACGGCGUUGCUGCUGGAGAGUCCGGCUCUCCUCUCCUCUGGGUGCCUCGUCCUGAGCUUCCACUACUUCCUGUAUGGGUCAGCAGAGAACAUGGCCAUCAACGUUUACAUCAACAAAGCCGUCAAUGGACAACCCGUGUGGACUGUUCAGGGAAACCAGGGAGAACAGUGGAUUUUAGCUCAAGUCAUGUUCCCUGAGUCCGGAAAUGUUCAAUUUGCCAUCGAAGGAGUGCGUGGGGAGACACCUGAGAGCGAUAUUGCUGUGGACAGCGUCUGCGUCUCAGUCUGUGAGCCUACAGCUCCAACAACGCCGGCACCAACGCCACCACCUCCAAAACCAGGACACUGCAGCAUUUGCGGAGACCCUCAUUACUUGACAUUUGACGGGGUCGCCCACGACUUCAUGGGCACGUGCACCUACACCGCGUCCAUCCCGUGCAACCAGAGCUCCACCCUGCCCCACUUCAACGUGGAGACGACCAACGAGCACCGGGGCGGCAGCACGGCCGUGUCUUACGUCAAGGAGGUCCACGUGGAGGUCUACGGCCACAGAAUCACCUUGGGCCAAGGGCGCCGGGUGCUGGUGGAUGGGCUGCGUUUGACUCCUCCGUUCUUCAUUUCGGGGGUGUACAUCCAACUGAGUGGAUCCUACGUUGUGCUCGAGACCGAUUUCAAUCUGGUUGUUCGGUUUGAUGGGAACCACCAUGUAGAGAUAGUCGUGCCUGGAGAAUACACGGGGGAACUGUGCGGCAUCUGCGGGAACUUUAAUGGAGAUGGCUCAGAUGACAAUUUGAAGCCGGAUGGGUCAGCAGCGGCCUCAUCAAGCGAGCUGGGAAACAGCUGGAGAGUGUUCAACAGUUCUGAUGAUGAUUGCCAAGAUGAUACCGGGGAAAUACCUCCAUGUGAUGAGAAUGACAAGAACCUGUAUGAAUCGGAUGCGUUCUGUGGCAUAAUCACUGACCCUGAGGGAGCUUUCAAGGAGUGCCACGCGGUUCUGCCUCCACAAGGCCUCUUCGACAACUGCGUGUUCGACCUGUGUGCCACGGAUGGGGACCACGGCUCGCUGUGCCAGGCCCUGCAGGCCUACGCCGACCAGUGCGCCCAAGCUGGGGUCAUCGUCACCUGGAGGAACAACACCUUCUGCCCAUUCCCGUGUGAACCUGGCAGCCACUAUGAGAGCUGUGCCCCACCGUGCCCGGCCACCUGCAGCAACGCAAAUCCCCCGGGUGGCUGCAACCAGCAAUGUGCGGAGGGCUGUGUCUGUGACGACGGCUUUGUCCUCUCUGGGGACAAGUGUGUCCCCACAGAGCAGUGCGGUUGCCUGGAUAACAAUGGCCACUACCAUCCGAUCGGGGAGAGCUGGUUUGAGUGGCAGGACUGCAGCCAGCGCUGCAUCUGUGUCAAUCCUGGCAAUGUGAACUGUGGGGCCUGGGUCUGUGAGGACGACGAGACCUGCGGUGUGGAGGACGGCAUCCUGGGCUGCCAUGGCUCAGGGCCAACAGUGCCACCAACAACCCCGCCAAAACCGCCUGGCGACUGCGUGAUCACUGGAGACCCUCACUACAUCACUUUCGACAAGACGACGCACCACUUCAUGGGCGAGUGCAGCUACACGGCAGCCAUCCCGUGCAACCAGAGCUCCACCCUGCCCCACUUCAACGUGGAGACAACAAAUGAGUUCCGGGGCGGCAGCACGGCCGUGUCUUACGUCAAGGAGGUCCACGUGGAUGUCUACGGCCACAGGUUCACCUUGGCCAAAGGACGCCGGGUGCUGGUGGAUGGGCUGCGCGUGACUCCUCCAUUCUUCAUGUCCGGGGUGUACAUCCAACUGAGUGGAUCCUACGUUGUGCUCGAGACCAAUUUCAAUCUGGUUGUUCGGUUUGAUGGGAACCACCAUGUGGAGAUAGUCGUGCCUGGAGAAUACGCGGGGCAACUGUGCGGAAUCUGCGGGAACUUUAAUGGAGAUGGUUCAGAUGACAAUCUGAAGCCGGAUGGGUCAGCAGCGGCCUCAUCAAGCGAGCUGGGAAACAGCUGGAGAGUGUUCAACAGUUCUGAUGAUGAUUGCCAAGAUGAUACCGGGGAAAUACCUCCAUGUGAUGAGAAUGACAAGAACCUGUAUGAAUCGGAUACGUUCUGUGGAAUAAUCACUGACCCUGAGGGAGCUUUCAAAGAGUGCCACGCGGUGCUGCCUCCACAAGUCUUCUUCGACAACUGCGUGUUCGACCUGUGUGCCACGGACGGGGACCACGGCUCGUUGUGCCAGGCCCUGCAGGCCUACGCCGACCAGUGCGCCCAAGCUGGGGUCAUCGUCACGUGGAGGAACAACACCUUCUGCCCAUUCCUGUGUGAACCUGGCAGCCACUAUGAGAGCUGUGCCCCACCGUGCCCGGCCACCUGCAGCAACGCAAAUCCCCCGGGUGGCUGCAACCAGCACUGUGCGGAGGGCUGUGUCUGUGACGACGGCUUUGUCCUCUCUGGGGACAAGUGUGUCCCCACAGAGCAGUGCGGUUGCCUGGAUAACAAUGGCCACUACCAUCCGAUCGGGGAGAGCUGGUUUGAGUCGCAGGACUGCAGCCAGCGCUGCAUCUGUGUCAAUCCUGGCAAUGUGAACUGUGGGGCCUGGGUCUGUGAGGACGACGAGACCUGCGGUGUGGAGGACGGCAUCCUGGGCUGCCAUGGCUCAGGGCCAACAGUGCCACCAACAACCCCGCCAAAACCGCCUGGCGACUGCGUGAUCACUGGAGACCCUCACUACAUCACUUUCGACAAGACGACGCACCACUUCAUGGGCGAGUGCAGCUACACGGCAGCCAUCCCGUGCAACCAGAGCUCCACCCUGCCCCACUUCAACGUGGAGACAACAAAUGAGUUCCGGGGCGGCAGCACGGCCGUGUCUUACGUCAAGGAGGUCCACGUGGAUGUCUACGGCCACAGGUUCACCUUGGCCAAAGGACGCCGGGUGCUGGUGGAUGGGCUGCGCGUGACUCCUCCGUUCUUCAUGUCCGGGGUGUACAUCCAACUGAGUGGAUCCUACGUUGUGCUCGAGACCAAUUUCAAUCUGGUUGUUCGGUUUGAUGGGAACCACCAUGUGGAGAUAGUCGUGCCUGGAGAAUACGCGGGGCAACUGUGCGGAAUCUGCGGGAACUUUAAUGGAGAUGGUUCAGAUGACAAUCUGAAGCCGGAUGGGUCAGCAGCGGCCUCAUCAAGCGAGCUGGGAAACAGCUGGAGAGUGUUCAACAGUUCUGAUGAUGAUUGCCAAGAUGAUACCGGGGAAAUACCUCCAUGUGAUGAGAAUGACAAGAACCUGUAUGAAUCGGAUACGUUCUGUGGAAUAAUCACUGACCCUGAGGGAGCUUUCAAAGAGUGCCACGCGGUGCUGCCUCCACAAGUCUUCUUCGACAACUGCGUGUUCGACCUGUGUGCCACGGACGGGGACCACGGCUCGUUGUGCCAGGCCCUGCAGGCCUACGCCGACCAGUGCGCCCAAGCUGGGGUCAUCGUCACGUGGAGGAACAACACCUUCUGCCCAUUCCUGUGUGAACCUGGCAGCCACUAUGAGAGCUGUGCCCCACCGUGCCCGGCCACCUGCAGCAACGCAAAUCCCCCGGGUGGCUGCAACCAGCACUGUGCGGAGGGCUGUGUCUGUGACGACGGCUUUGUCCUCUCUGGGGACAAGUGUGUCCCCACAGAGCAGUGCGGUUGCCUGGAUAACAAUGGCCACUACCAUCCGAUCGGGGAGAGCUGGUUUGAGUCGCAGGACUGCAGCCAGCGCUGCAUCUGUGUCAAUCCUGGCAAUGUGAACUGUGGGGCCUGGGUCUGUGAGGACGACGAGACCUGCGGUGUGGAGGACGGCAUCCUGGGCUGCCAUGGCUCAGGGCCAACAGUGCCACCAACAACCCCGCCAAAACCGCCUGGCGACUGCGUGAUCACUGGAGACCCUCACUACAUCACUUUCGACAAGACGACGCACCACUUCAUGGGCGAGUGCAGCUACACGGCAGCCAUCCCGUGCAACCAGAGCUCCACCCUGCCCCACUUCAACGUGGAGACAACAAAUGAGUUCCGGGGCGGCAGCACGGCCGUGUCUUACGUCAAGGAGGUCCACGUGGAUGUCUACGGCCACAGGUUCACCUUGGCCAAAGGACGCCGGGUGCUGGUGGAUGGGCUGAGCGUGACUCCUCCGUUCUUCAUGUCCGGGGUGUACAUCCAACUGAGUGGAUCCUACGUUGUGCUCGAGACCAAUUUCAAUCUGGUUGUUCGGUUUGAUGGGAACCACCAUGUGGAGAUAGUCGUGCCUGGAGAAUACGCGGGGCAACUGUGCGGAAUCUGCGGGAACUUUAAUGGAGAUGGUUCAGAUGACAAUCUGAAGCCGGAUGGGUCAGCAGCGGCCUCAUCAAGCGAGCUGGGAAACAGCUGGAGAGUGUUCAACAGUUCUGAUGAUGAUUGCCAAGAUGAUACCGGGGAAAUACCUCCAUGUGAUGAGAAUGACAAGAACCUGUAUGAAUCGGAUACGUUCUGUGGAAUAAUCACUGACCCUGAGGGAGCUUUCAAAGAGUGCCACGCGGUGCUGCCUCCACAAGUCUUCUUCGACAACUGCGUGUUCGACCUGUGUGCCACGGACGGGGACCACGGCUCGUUGUGCCAGGCCCUGCAGGCCUACGCCGACCAGUGCGCCCAAGCUGGGGUCAUCGUCACGUGGAGGAACAACACCUUCUGCCCAUUCCUGUGUGAACCUGGCAGCCACUAUGAGAGCUGUGCCCCACCGUGCCCGGCCACCUGCAGCAACGCAAAUCCCCCGGGUGGCUGCAACCAGCACUGUGCGGAGGGCUGUGUCUGUGACGACGGCUUUGUCCUCUCUGGGGACAAGUGUGUCCCCACAGAGCAGUGCGGUUGCCUGGAUAACAAUGGCCACUACCAUCCGAUCGGGGAGAGCUGGUUUGAGUCGCAGGACUGCAGCCAGCGCUGCAUCUGUGUCAAUCCUGGCAAUGUGAACUGUGGGGCCUGGGUCUGUGAGGACGACGAGACCUGCGGUGUGGAGGACGGCAUCCUGGGCUGCCAUGGCUCAGGGCCAACAGUGCCACCAACAACCCCGCCAAAACCGCCUGGCGACUGCGUGAUCACUGGAGACCCUCACUACAUCACUUUCGACAAGACGACGCACCACUUCAUGGGCGAGUGCAGCUACACGGCAGCCAUCCCGUGCAACCAGAGCUCCACCCUGCCCCACUUCAACGUGGAGACAACAAAUGAGUUCCGGGACGGCAGCACGGCCGUGUCUUACGUCAAGGAGGUCCACGUGGAUGUCUACGGCCACAGGUUCACCUUGGCCAAAGGACGCCGGGUGCUGGUGGAUGGGCUGCACGUGACUCCACCGUUCUUCAUGUCAGGGGUGUACAUCCAACUGAGUGGAUCCUACGUUGUGCUCCAGACCAAUUUCAAUCUGGUUGUUCGGUUUGAUGGGAACCACCAUGUGGAGAUAGUCGUGCCUGGAGAAUACGCGGGGCAACUGUGCGGAAUCUGCGGGAACUUUAAUGGAGAUGGUUCAGAUGACAAUCUGAAGCCGGAUGGGUCAGCAGCGGCCUCAUCAAGCGAGCUGGGAAACAGCUGGAGAGUGUUCAACAGUUCUGAUGAUGAUUGCCAAGAUGAUACCGGGGAAAUACCUCCAUGUGAUGAGAAUGACAAGAACCUGUAUGAAUCGGAUACGUUCUGUGGAAUAAUCACUGACCCUGAGGGAGCUUUCAAAGAGUGCCACGCGGUGCUGCCUCCACAAGUCUUCUUCGACAACUGCGUGUUCGACCUGUGUGCCACGGACGGGGACCACGGCUCGUUGUGCCAGGCCCUGCAGGCCUACGCCGACCAGUGCGCCCAAGCUGGGGUCGUCGUCACGUGGAGGAACAACACCUUCUGCCCAUUCCUGUGUGAACCUGGCAGCCACUAUGAGAGCUGUGCCCCACCGUGCCCGGCCACCUGCAGCAACGCAAAUCCCCCGGGUGGCUGCAACCAGCACUGUGCGGAGGGCUGUGUCUGUGACGACGGCUUUGUCCUCUCUGGGGACAAGUGUGUCCCCACAGAGCAGUGCGGUUGCCUGGAUAACAAUGGCCACUACCAUCCGAUCGGGGAGAGCUGGUUUGAGUCGCAGGACUGCAGCCAGCGCUGCAUCUGUGUCAAUCCUGGCAAUGUGAACUGUGGGGCCUGGGUCUGUGAGGACGAUGAGACCUGCGGUGUGGAGGACGGCAUCCUGGGCUGCCAUGGCUCAGGGCCAACAGUGCCACCAACAACCCCGCCAAAACCGCCUGGCGACUGCGUGAUCACUGGAGACCCUCACUACAUCACUUUCGACAAGACGACGCACCACUUCAUGGGCGAGUGCAGCUACACGGCAGCCAUCCCGUGCAACCAGAGCUCCACCCUGCCCCACUUCAACGUGGAGACAACAAAUGAGUUCCGGGGCGGCAGCACGGCCGUGUCUUACGUCAAGGAGGUCCACGUGGAUGUCUACGGCCACAGGUUCACCUUGGCCAAAGGACGCCGGGUGCUGGUGGAUGGGCUGCGUGUGACUCCACCGUUCUUCAUGUCCGGGGUGUACAUCCAACUGAGUGGAUCCUACGUUGUGCUCGAGACCAAUUUCAAUCUGGUUGUUCGGUUUGAUGGGAACCACCAUGUGGAGAUAGUCGUGCCUGGAGAAUACGCGGGGCAACUGUGCGGAAUCUGCGGGAACUUUAAUGGAGAUGGUUCAGAUGACAAUCUGAAGCCGGAUGGCUCAGCAGCGGCCUCAUCAAGCGAGCUGGGAAACAGCUGGAGAGUGUUCAACAGUUCUGAUGAUGAUUGCCAAGAUGAUACCGGGGAAAUACCUCCAUGUGAUGAGAAUGACAAGAACCUGUAUGAAUCGGAUACGUUCUGUGGAAUAAUCACUGACCCUGAGGGAGCUUUCAAAGAGUGCCACGCGGUGCUGCCUCCACAAGUCUUCUUCGACAACUGCGUGUUCGACCUGUGUGCCACGGACGGGGACCACGGCUCGUUGUGCCAGGCCCUGCAGGCCUACGCCGACCAGUGCGCCCAAGCUGGGGUCGUCGUCACGUGGAGGAACAACACCUUCUGCCCAUUCCUGUGUGAACCUGGCAGCCACUAUGAGAGCUGUGCCCCACCGUGCCCGGCCACCUGCAGCAACGCAAAUCCCCCGGGUGGCUGCAACCAGCACUGUGCGGAGGGCUGUGUCUGUGACGACGGCUUUGUCCUCUCUGGGGACAAGUGUGUCCCCACAGAGCAGUGCGGUUGCCUGGAUAACAAUGGCCACUACCAUCCGAUCGGGGAGAGCUGGUUUGAGUCGCAGGACUGCAGCCAGCGCUGCAUCUGUGUCAAUCCUGGCAAUGUGAACUGUGGGGCCUGGGUCUGUGAGGACGAUGAGACCUGCGGUGUGGAGGACGGCAUCCUGGGCUGCCAUGGCUCAGGGCCAACAGUGCCACCAACAACCCCGCCAAAACCGCCUGGCGACUGCGUGAUCACUGGAGACCCUCACUACAUCACUUUCGACAAGACGACGCACCACUUCAUGGGCGAGUGCAGCUACACGGCAGCCAUCCCGUGCAACCAGAGCUCCACCCUGCCCCACUUCAACGUGGAGACAACAAAUGAGUUCCGGGGCGGCAGCACGGCCGUGUCUUACGUCAAGGAGGUCCACGUGGAUGUCUACGGCCACAGGUUCACCUUGGCUAAAGGACGCCGGGUGCUGGUGGAUGGGCUGCGUGUGACUCCACCGUUCUUCAUGUCCGGGGUGUACAUCCAACUGAGUGGAUCCUACGUUGUGCUCGAGACCAAUUUCAAUCUGGUUGUUCGGUUUGAUGGGAACCACCAUGUGGAGAUAGUCGUGCCUGGAGAAUACGCGGGGCAACUGUGCGGAAUCUGCGGGAACUUUAAUGGAGAUGGUUCAGAUGACAAUCUGAAGCCGGAUGGCUCAGCAGCGGCCUCAUCAAGCGAGCUGGGAAACAGCUGGAGAGUGUUCAACAGUUCUGAUGAUGAUUGCCAAGAUGAUACCGGGGAAAUACCUCCAUGUGAUGAGAAUGACAAGAACCUGUAUGAAUUGGAUACGUUCUGUGGAAUAAUCACUGACCCUGAGGGAGCUUUCAAAGAGUGCCACGCGGUGCUGCCUCCACAAGUCUUCUUCGACAACUGCGUGUUCGACCUGUGUGCCACGGACGGGGACCACGGCUCAUUGUGCCAGGCCCUGCAGGCCUACGCCGACCAGUGCGCCCAAGCUGGGGUCAUCGUCACGUGGAGGAACAACACCUUCUGCCCAUUCCCGUGUGAACCUGGCAGCCACUAUGAGAGCUGUGCCCCACCGUGCCCGGCCACCUGCAGCAACGCAAAUCCCCCGGGUGGCUGCAACCAGCACUGUGCGGAGGGCUGUGUCUGUGACGACGGCUUUGUCCUCUCUGGGGACAAGUGUGUCCCCACAGAGCAGUGCGGUUGCCUGGAUAACAAUGGCCACUACCAUCCGAUCGGGGAGAGCUGGUUUGAGUCGCAGGACUGCAGCCAGCGCUGCAUCUGUGUCAAUCCUGGCAAUGUGAACUGUGGGGCCUGGGCCUGUGAGGACGACGAGACCUGCGGUGUGGAGGACGGCAUCCUGGGCUGCCAUGGCUCAGGGCCAACAGUGCCACCAACAACCCCGCCAAAACCGCCUGGCGACUGCGUGAUCACUGGAGACCCUCACUACAUCACUUUCGACAAGACGACGCACCACUUCAUGGGCGAGUGCAGCUACACGGCAGCCAUCCCGUGCAACCAGAGCUCCACCCUGCCCCACUUCAACGUGGAGACAACAAAUGAGUUCCGGGGCGGCAGCACGGCCGUGUCUUACGUCAAGGAGGUCCACGUGGAUGUCUACGGCCACAGGUUCACCUUGGCCAAAGGACGCCGGGUGCUGGUGGAUGGGCUGCGCGUGACUCCUCCGUUCUUCAUGUCCGGGGUGUACAUCCAACUGAGUGGAUCCUACGUUGUGCUCGAGACCAAUUUCAAUCUGGUUGUUCGGUUUGAUGGGAACCACCAUGUGGAGAUAGUCGUGCCUGGAGAAUACGCGGGGCAACUGUGCGGAAUCUGCGGGAACUUUAAUGGAGAUGGUUCAGAUGACAAUCUGAAGCCGGAUGGGUCAGCAGCGGCGUCAUCAAGCGAGCUGGGAAACAGCUGGAGAGUGUUCAACAGCUCUGAUGAUGAUUGCCAAGAUGAUACCGGGGAAAUACCUCCAUGUGAUGAGAAUGAGAAGAACCUGUAUGAAUCGGAUACGUUCUGUGGAAUAAUCACUGACCCUGAGGGAGCUUUCAAAGAGUGCCACGCGGUGCUGCCUCCACAAGUCUUCUUCGACAACUGCGUGUUCGACCUGUGUGCCACGGACGGGGACCACGGCUCAUUGUGCCAGGCCCUGCAGGCCUACGCCGACCAGUGCGCCCAAGCUGGGGUCAUCGUCACGUGGAGGAACAACACCUUCUGCCCAUUCCCGUGUGAACCUGGCAGCCACUAUGAGAGCUGUGCCCCACCGUGCCCGGCCACCUGCAGCAACGCAAGUCUCCCGGGUGGCUGCAACCAGCAAUGUGCGGAGGGCUGUGUCUGUGACGACGGCUUUGUCCUCUCUGGGGACAAGUGUGUCCCUGUGGAGCAGUGCGGUUGCCUGGAUAACAAUGGCCACUACCAUCCGCUCGGGGAGAGCUGGUUUGAGUCGCACGACUGCAGCAAGCGCUGCAUCUGUGUCAAUCCUGGCGGCGAUGUCAGCUGUGACCCCUGGGUCUGUAAGGACGAUGAGACCUGCAGUGUGGAGGAUGGCAUCCUGGGCUGUCACACACAGGAGUCGACACCAGCACCAACUCCAUCAGCACCAGCUCCACCACAGUCUACAGAUUUACCAGCAACUGAAUUUCCAAUACCAACAACAAAGUCACCGUCAGCAAUAUCAUCACCACCAAGCACCGAUGCCCCAUCAACAUCAGCACCAAAUCCUCCAGCACAAUCGACACCAGGCACUGAAGCCCCACCGUUCAAAUCAACACCAGCUCCUCCACAGACUACAGAUUUGCCCCCAACUGUAUUUCCAACAUCGACAACAAAAUCACCAUCAGCAGCGUCAACACCAAGCACUGAAGCACCAUCGUUAGAAUCAACAUCAUCACCAAAUCCUCCAGCAGGAUCAACACCAGGCACCGAAGCCCCUCAUUUCGACUCAACACCAGCUCCUCCACAGUCUACAGAUUUACCACCAACUGAAUUUCCAGCACCAACAACAAAGUCACCAUCAGCAGUGUCAACACCAAGCACCGAUGCCCCAUCAUUAGAAUCAACAUCAGCAUCAAAUCCUCCACCACAAUCCACACCAGGCACAGAAGCCCCUUCGUUAGAAUCAACAUCAGCACCACAUUUUCCAGCAGGAUCAACAACAGGCACCGAAGCCCCUCCUUUUGACUCAACACCAGCUCCUCCACAGUCUACAGAUUUACCACCAACUGAAUUUCCAGCACCAACAACAAAGUCACCAUCAGCAGUGUCAACACCAAGCACCGAUGCCCCAUCAUUAGAAUCCACAUCAGCAUCAAAUCCUCCACCACAAUCCACACCAGGCACCGAAGCCCCUCCUUUCGACUCAACACCAGCUCCUUCACAGACUACAGAUUUACCCCCAACUGUAUUUGCAACAUCAACAACAGAAUCACCAUCGGCAGCGUCAACACCAAGCACAGAGGCCCCUUCGUUAGAAUCAACAUCAGCACCACAUUUUCCAGCAGGAUCAACAACAGGCACCGAUGCCCCAUCAUUAGAAUCAACAUCAGCAUCAAAUCCUCCACCACAAUCCACACCAGGCACCGAAGCCCCUCCUUUCGACUCAACACCAGCUCCUUCACAGACUACAGAUUUACCCCCAACUGUAUUUGCAACAUCAACAACAGAAUCACCAUCGGCAGCGUCAACACCAAGCACAGAGGCCCCUUCGUUAGAAUCGACAUCAGCACCACAUUUUCCAGCAGGAUCAACAACAGAAUCGACGCCAGGACCAACUCGUCCGCCAGCAAGCACUACCACGACCAAUACGACAGCAGCUCCUCCAAAACCUGGUGACUGCGUGAUCACUGGAGACCCUCACUACAUCACGUUCGACAAGACGACGCACCACUUCAUGGGCGAGUGCAGCUACACGGCAGCCAUCCCGUGCAACCAGAGCUCCACCCUGCCCCACUUCAACGUGGAGACAACAAAUGAGUUCCGGGGCGGCAGCACGGCCGUGUCUUACGUCAAGGAGGUCCACGUGGAUGUCUACGGCCACAGGUUCACCUUGGCCAAAGGACGCCGGGUGCUGGUGGAUGGGCUGCGUGUGACUCCUCCGAUCCUCAUAUCCGGGGUGUACAUCCAACUGAGUGGAUCCUACGUUGUGCUCCAGACCGAUUUCAAUCUGGUUGUUCGGUUUGAUGGGAACCACCACGUGGAGAUAGUCGUGCCUGGAGAAUACGCGGGGCAACUGUGCGGCAUCUGCGGGAACUUUAAUGGAGAUGGCUCAGAUGACAAUCUGAAGCCGGAUGGGUCAGCAGCGGCCUCAUCAAACGAGCUGGGAAACAGCUGGAGAGUGUUCAACAGCUCCGAUGAUGAUUGUCAAGAUGGUACCGGGGAAAUACCUCCAUGUGAUGAGGAUGACAAGGACGUGUAUGAAUCAGAUUCAUUCUGUGGAAUAAUUACUGACCCUGAGGGAGCUUUCAAAGAGUGCCACGCGGUGCUGCCUCCACAAGUCUUCUUCGACAACUGCGUGUUCGACCUGUGUGCCAUGGACGGGGACCACGGCUCGUUGUGCCAGGCCCUGCAGGCCUACGCCGACCAGUGCGCCCAAGCUGGGGUCAUCGUCACGUGGAGGAACAACACCUUCUGCCCAUUCCCGUGUGAACCGGGCAGCCACUAUGAGAGCUGUGCCCCACCGUGCCCGGCCACCUGCAGUAACGCAAGUCUCCCGGGUGGCUGCAACCAGCAAUGUGCGGAGGGCUGUGUCUGUGACGACGGCUUCGUUCUAUCUGGGGACAAGUGUGUCCCUGUGGAGCAGUGCGGCUGCCUGGACUUUGACGACCAGUACCAUCCGCUCGGGGAGAGCUGGUUCGAGUCGGGGAACUGCAGCGAGCGCUGCACGUGCUUGGAUGGGGGAGACGUCAACUGCGAGGACUGGGAGUGCGAGAAGCACGAGAUCUGCAGCGUGGAGGACGGCAUCCUCGACUGCUACGCACGCGAAACAACAACUGCCUCUCCUACUGUGGUCUCAACAACAACAUCAAAACCACCAACAGCCCCGCCACUGAAACCUGGCGACUGCGUGAUCACUGGAGACCCUCACUACAUCACGUUCGACAAGACGACGCACCACUUCAUGGGCGAGUGCAGCUACACGGCAGCCAUCCCGUGCAACCAGAGCUCCACCCUGCCCCACUUCAACGUGGAGACAACAAAUGAGUUCCGGGACGGCAGCACGGCUGUGUCUUACGUCAAGGAGGUCCACGUGGAUGUCUACGGCCACAGGUUCACCUUAGCCAAAGGACGCCGGGUGCUGGUGGAUGGGCUGCGUGUGACUCCACCAUUCCUCAUGUCCGGGGUGUACAUCCAACUGAGUGGAUCCUACGUUGUGCUCCAGACCGAUUUCAAUCUGGUUGUUCGGUUUGAUGGGAACCACCAUGUGGAGAUAAUCGUGCCUGGAGAAUAUGCAGGAGAAUUGUGCGGCAUCUGCGGGAACUUUAAUGGAGAUGGCUCAGAUGACAAUCUGAAGCCGGAUGGGUCAGCAGCGGCCUCAUCAAACGAGCUGGGAAACAGCUGGAGAGUGUUCAACAGCUCCGAUGAUGAUUGUCAAGAUGGUACCGGGGAAAUACCUCCAUGUGAUGAGGAUGACAAGGACGUGUAUGAAUCAGAUUCAUUCUGUGGAAUAAUUACUGACCCUGAGGGAGCUUUCAAAGAGUGCCACGCGGUGCUGCCUCCACAAGUCUUCUUUGACAACUGCGUGUUCGACCUGUGUGCCACGGACGGGGACCACGGCUCGUUGUGCCAGGCCCUGCAGGCCUACGCCGAUCAGUGCGCCCAAGCUGGGGUCAUCGUCACGUGGAGGAACAACACCUUCUGCCCAUUCCCGUGUGAACCGGGCAGCCACUAUGAGAGCUGUGCCCCACCGUGCCCGGCCACCUGCAGUAACGCAAGUCUCCCGGGUGGCUGCAACCAGCAAUGUGCGGAGGGCUGUGUCUGUGACGACGGCUUCGUUCUAUCUGGGGACAAGUGUGUCCCUGUGGAGCAGUGCGGCUGCCUGGACUUUGACGACCAGUACCAUCCGCUCGGGGAGAGCUGGUUUGAGUCGGGGAACUGCAGCGAGCGCUGCACGUGCUUGGGUGGGGGAGACGUCAACUGCGAGGACUGGGAGUGCGAGAAGUACGAGAUCUGCAGCGUGGAGGACGGCAUCCUCGACUGCUACGCACGCGAAACAACAACUGCCUCUCCUACUGUGGUCUCAACAACAACAUCAAAACCACCAACAGCCCCGCCACUGAAACCUGGCGACUGCGUGAUCACUGGAGACCCUCACUACAUCACGUUCGACAAGACGACGCACCACUUCAUGGGCGAGUGCAGCUACACGGCAGCCAUCCCGUGCAACCAGAGCUCCACCCUGCCCCACUUCAACGUGGAGACAACAAAUGAGUUCCGGGACGGCAGCACGGCCGUGUCUUACGUCAAGGAGGUCCACGUGGAUGUCUACGGCCACAGGUUCACCUUGGCCAAAGGACGCCGGGUGCUGGUGGAUGGGCUGCGUGUGACUCCUCCGAUCCUCAUAUCCGGGGUGUACAUCCAACUGAGUGGAUCCUACGUUGUGCUCCAGACCGAUUUCAAUCUGGUUGUUCGGUUUGAUGGGAACCACCAUGUGGAGAUAGUCGUGCCUGGAGAAUACGCGGGGCAACUGUGCGGAAUCUGCGGGAACUUUAAUGGAGAUGGCUCAGAUGACAAUCUGAAGCGGGAUGGGUCGGCAGCGGCCUCAUCAAACGAGCUGGGAAACAGCUGGAGAGUGUUCAACAGCUCCGAUGAUGAUUGUCAAGAUGGUACCGGGGACAUACCUCCAUGUGAUGAGGAUGAGAAGGACGUGUAUGAAUCAGAUUCAUUCUGUGGAAUAAUCACUGACCCUGAGGGAGCUUUCAAAGAGUGCCACGCGGUGCUGCCUCCACAAGUCUUCUUCGACAACUGCGUGUUCGACCUGUGUGCCACGGACGGGGACCACGGCUCGCUGUGCCAGGCCCUGCAGGCCUACGCUGAUCAAUGCGCCCAAGCUGGGGUCAUCGUCACCUGGAGGAACAACACCUUCUGCCCAUUCCCGUGUGAACCUGGCAGCCACUAUGAGAGCUGUGCCCCACCGUGCCCGGCCACCUGCAGCAACGCAAGUCUCCCGGGUGGCUGCAACCAGCACUGUGCGGAGGGCUGUGUCUGUGACGACGGCUUUGUCCUCUCUGGGGACAAGUGUGUCCCACUGAGGAAGUGCGGUUGCCUGGAUAACAAUGGCCAUUACCAUCCGCUCGGGGAGAGCUGGUUUGAGUCUGGCAACUGCAGCGAGCGCUGCACGUGCUUGGGUGGGGGAGACAUUCACUGCAAGAACUGGGAGUGUGAGAAGCACGAGAUCUGCAGCGUGGAGGACGGCAUCCUCGAUUGCUACGUGCGAGAACCUGGUGACUGCGUGAUCACUGGAGACCCUCACUACAUCACUUUCGACAAGACGACGCACCACUUCAUGGGCGAGUGCAGCUACACGGCAGCCAUCCCGUGCAACCAGAGCUCCACCCUGCCCCACUUCAACGUGGAGACAACAAAUGAGUUCCGGGGCGGCAGCACGGCCGUGUCUUACGUCAAGGAGGUCCACGUGGAUGUCUACGGCCACAGGUUCACCUUGGCCAAAGGACGUCGGGUGCUGGUGGAAGGACGGCGUAUGACCACUCCGCUGCUGCUGUCGGGGGUGCACGUGUACCUGAGCGGAUCCUACGUUGUGCUCGAGACUGAUUUCAAUCUGGUUGUUCGGUUUGACGGAAACCACCAUGUGGAGAUAGUCGUGCCGAACGAGUACGCUGGGAUGCUGUGCGGCAUCUGCGGAAACUUUAAUGGCGAUGGCUCAGAUGACAAUCUGAAACCAGACGGCUCAGUGGCCGCCUCCUCGGCAGAACUGGGAAACAGCUGGAAGUCGGUGAACAGCUCGGAUGAGACAGUGAUAUGCCGGUAUUCCUUGGUGUUUGUUUUGGCAGAUGCAAAGAUGACGAUGGUGGAAGACCUGAGAGCUUUCAAAGAGUGCCACGCAGUGCUGCCUCCACAAGUCUUCUUCGACAACUGCGUGUUCGACCUGUGUGCCACGGGCGGCAACCCCCUGUCGCUAUGCCAGGCCCUGCAGGCCUACGCCGACCAGUGCGCCCAAGCUGGCAUAAUCAUCACGUGGAGGAACAACACCUUCUGCCCACUCACUUGCAAACCUGGCAGCCACUAUGAGAGCUGUGCACCGCCCUGCCCGGCCACCUGCAGCAACGCAAGUCUCCCGGGUGGCUGCAACCAUCGCUGUGGGGAGGGCUGUGUCUGUGACGACGGCUUUGUCCUCUCUGGGGACAAGUGCGUCCCCGCGGAGCAGUGUGGUUGCCUGGAUAACAACGGAAACUACCACCCGCUCGGGGAGAACUGGUUUGAAUCGGAGACCUGCGACCGGCGCUGCACAUGCAUGAGGCCCGGAUCCGCGAGUUGCGAUGCCUGGCAAUGUGGAUUGCAAGAGGUCUGCACGGUGGAGGAUGGCAUUCUGGGCUGCCACAGCAAGGGUUACGCCACGUGCCACGUUGCCGGAGAUCCCCACUACUUCACCUUUGACUUGAUAAUGAUCAGCUACAUGGGCACAUGCACGUACACGCUGGUGGACGUGUGCAAUGACACCAACGUGACGCCCUUCACCAUCACCGCCAAGAACGAGGAGCGCGGGCAGGCGUCCGGCUCCUACCUCAAGCACGUGAUCGUCGACAUCGCGGGCCACCGCGUUACCCUGCAGAAGAGCCACCGCGUGCUGGUCGACGAUAAGCGAAUUAAGACCCCCAUCGAAGGUUUGGUCCCAGGGGUUAAGAUUGGCAUAAGCGGAAGCUACGUUCUCCUGGAGACUGAUUUUGGCGUCACAGUCAAAUUUGAUGGAAAACACCACCUUGAGAUCAACACUCCAAGUACUUACUUUAACAAGCUGUGCGGCCUAUGCGGCAAUUACAACCAGAACGGCACAGACGACUACCUGAUGCCCAACGGGGAGCUUGCCACCAGCGCCGCCCAGCUCGGAGACAGCUGGAAGGCCGAGGGAGACGCUGAUGCUGGUUGCAAACCAGACGAGCCGCACAUUCCCGGCUGUGAACCAAUCAAUGAAGAGGCCUAUAAAAAGAUGUGUGAAGUCAUUAUCUCUACCUCAGGAGCCUUUGCCAAGUGCCAUGCCGAGAUAGAUCCCGAGCCUUUCCUGAAGACGUGCAUCUACGACAUGUGUCAGUUCCACGGAAUGGAGAGCACGUUGUGCGAUAACUUCCAGGCAUAUGCGGAGGCCUGCCGCGCAAAGGGCAUCAACAUCCUGUGGCGCAAUGAAACCUUCUGCCCACUGCCAUGCCCGCCGAACACCCACUACACGCCGUGCGCCUCGCCCUGCCCGGCCACCUGCUCGGACAUCUACGCCGAGGACGGCUGCCAGAGCGCGGCUCGGUGCGCCGAGGGCUGCGUCUGCGACCAGGGCUUCGUGCUCAGCGACGAUCUCUGCGUGUCGCUGGAAGCCUGCGGCUGCUGGGACGACGAAAACAACUACCACUCGUUUGAAGAGUCCUGGCUUAGUGACAACUGCAAACGAAAGUGCGUUUGCUCGGUGCCUGGCAAUCCGAGCUGUGAGGCGCACAGCUGUGUGGAACACGAGAGUUGUCAACUGAAGAAUGGGAAGGAAUCUUGCCAGCCUGUCAGUUACAGCACGUGUUCAAUAUCUGGGGACCCACAUUACCAGACCUUUGACAAGAGGCUGUUCCACUUCAUGGGUCGUGAAACAUACACGCUGGUGCAGAGCUGUGGGGACAACAAUAACCUCCUGCCCAUCAGAAUCCUCGGCAAAAACAAGCGCGUCGGCCACAACCACCGUGUAUCCUUCCUGGAUGCAGUGUACAUUUACGUGUACGGCUUCAAGAUCAAGUUUACCGACAGAAAGGAUUUCGAGCUGAAUGGGGUAAGAACGAAGCCCCCAUCGAAUCCCAUGGAGGGACUUGAAAUCGUGCACACCUCCCACAAGAUGGUGCUCAGGACGGACUUUGGCCUGACUGUCAUAUUCGAUCGCAAAUCACACGCAGACGUGACCAUUCCCAGUUCUUAUGCUGGCCAAGUGUGUGGCCUGUGUGGGAAUUACAAUGGGGACACGAGUGAUGAAUUCAAGACUCCCGAUGGAUCGCUCGUUACUUCCGAGAACGUGUUUGGCAACAGCUGGGAAGUCAAUGACCGACGCAGCCUCUUUGAGCAGUACGAGUCACCCGUUUUCAGGUCGAAACGUCUCGUUGAGGAACCCCGGAAUGACCUCAACCUCAGCUGCAGCGAUGAGCAAUGGGCAGAGCUGGAGAACAAGAAUUCCUGCGGAGUGUUCCGUGAUUCCGCUGGGCCCUUCGAGCAGUGCUGGAUCGCUGCCCCGUGGGACCCGUAUUACACGAACUGCAUGUAUGACAUGUGUGAAAACAUUGGAGACAAGGAGUUGUUCUGCAGCAGUCUGGAGGUUUACACGUCAGCCUGCCAACAGGAGGGCAUCACUCCCAACAACUGGAGAAUCCACACGGGCUGUGUACCGGCGUGCCCUCCAAACAGCGUCUACGUCGAGCGCAUGUCCGCCUGCCCGUCCACCUGUGGAGACUUGGCCGCUUCUUCGAACUGCGAGCUCCCCGACGUGGAGGGCUGCCAGUGCUUGCCCGGGUUCGUGAUGAGCGGCUUCGACUGCGUCCCCUUCACCCAGUGCGGCUGCCUCUACGGGAACUCCUAUCACGAGGUUGGGGAACAGUUCUACACAUCCACCUGUGAACAGUCGUGCAAAUGUCUGAAAACAGAGACGUUGGUAUGCAACAGAUAUAGUUGUAUUGAAGAGGAAGUGUGUACCAUCAGCAACUUCACCAUCGGCUGUUUCGCCGCCGAUCCAUGUGCCUCAUCCCCAUGUCAGAAUGGAGGCACCUGCUCCAUGAAUGGCGUUGAGUACGAGUGCACCUGUCCUCCCAACUACAAUGGAACGAAUUGUGAAAUUUCACUGGACCCAUGUGCGUCAAACCCCUGCCAGAAUGGAGGAACCUGCACGGCAACGAAUGACAAAUUUGAGUGCAAAUGUCCAGCAACGCACAACGGGGCCCUCUGCGAGAUUCUGGUGGACCUGUGCGCUUCGAAUCCUUGCGAGAAUGGAGGCACGUGCACAGUAGAGGACGGCGUGCUUGUGUGCCAGUGUCCUUCCUCCUACACUGGAAAACACUGCGAGAAAAAAGAUGAUACCAUCACCAUCGUCAUCGCUGUGGUUUGCUCUGUUGGAGGAGUUUUGAUCAUUGCCGUCAUUGUUUUCGUCGUCUACAAAAGAAAGCGAUCCAGGAGAAAGCCACACCAUUCUGAGCUUGAGAUGGAUUCAAGCGAAUCGGAAAAAGACGACGUUGCAUUUGAUAAUAUUCACUACAGUGAAGACGGGGAUACUCAUGACUAUGAAAGAAUCGAUCCUGGGAAAGAUCAAAUGACUGAGGGAAUCCCCGUGGACGUUUCAAGCGAUGAUUUGGCUCAAUCUAGCUCGGCAGGAUUGUCUGUAAACGAUACUUCAUCUGACACGAAUUUGGAUACGAAUGAAUGCUUGUUUUCAACAGAGUUGUAGUUUGUAUGCGUCUAUAAUUGGAUAGACCAAAUACACGUUUAACACUAAAUGGCAGAAUGGUAAUACACAAGUUAUAAUGGUGACUUGGAAGGUCUGUUCCAAUCAUUAAGUUCAUAUAUUCUUUUCCAUGUCAAUAAAAUUGUCCGAGCACAAAUGUAUACAACAUUUUAUGUCUGACACAACUGGACUAUUUGUUUGCAUUUCUGUUGCACUGUUGCAUUGAAAAUAUAUGCACACCUUUUAUCAUCCAAUAUGUGCCUUCUGUUAAAAUGCCUUACAAUGUGUGAUGGAUGAGACACUAUUAAAUUUAAGUUUUUAGUAAAAAUUCAAAAGCAAUAUCAUUUGUAUUCUUUGGGUCUUACGGUAAAGCCACGUAGAUAGAAAAAAUAUAUAAAAAUAUCACGACAUUUCUAUCGCAACACAAGCAAUCAUCAUCAGGUGAAAAAAUAGUGGGAGAGCUGCUGAGGCAGGAUGUUUUAAAGGUUUGAGAUGGGUGUAGCCCAAGGGUCAUAAGCGAAGUGGGCGGGGCUAGUGAUGAAAUUUGCAUGUCAAUGUAAGAUGGGGUAAAUCGGAGAGCCACCUCCACCACGAAGAAAGUGCGGAGGUGGCCAUUGUAUUGUGAGAGAUUAGCAUGUCAAUGUAAGAUCGCAGAGCCACUGCCACAUCGAGGAAAACGAGAAACGGUGGCUGUGUUAGUGAGACAUUUAACCUCCCAAUGUAACACCUGAGAGUCGAAAAUAACUAUUAACAUCGGAUGUUAUGACCCUUGGGCUAUACCCAUCUCAAACCUUUAUAACAUCCUGCCUCAGCAGCUCUCCAGCUAUUUUUUUCCUGAUGACGAUUGCUUGUAUUGCGAUCAAAACGUUGUGAUAUUUUUAUUAUUUUUUUUCUAUCUACGUGGCUUUAACGAAAGAUCCAAAGAAUAUUAAUUCCUGCAGUCACGAAAGCUUUAAGUCAAGAUUCAAUAUCAUUUGGUCCUUUAGUUUAAUGGCAAGAGGACAUUUAUUCAACAGUCCAAUGUUACGCUUCCUUAAUUAAUCAACCUACAAAUGCCCCAUAUCGUGUGCUCAUAUUAACCACACUUGAACAUUGUUCAAGCGUGUUAAUGUUAUAAGAGGUUUGUUGAUUGCAACAGAGGAGUGUUUGUGUGAUGGGCCACAGCCCCCACCGGACUCAUAUCAUCGCAUGUUCCAUGCGUGUGGACAACUUUCAGAGUGGUUAAGCGGGGUUAGACUAUGGAGUAAUUUUGUAUUUUUGUAAUGGAAUCCGUGUAGCCGUACCCACAAAAUACUUUCAAACCAUUUGUUUACAAGUGUCCGCUUGGUGUUACUCAUUCUGCCUUGAAUGCUGUCUUAAUUCUAAAAUAAACCAAGUGACUUAGGGGUCCUGAUCCUACAGUACAGCAAGGUUCCUAAACGUGGAAUGUUAAUUCAGAUGGGAAUAAUUUCACGAAUAAAAUCCGUUUUCCACAUUGUUGUUGAUGGUCAGUAUGACGUCUCGCUACUUAAGAGAAACACAUUUGAGCAAAUACAAACAUGCCAUAAUGUUCAGAUACGAUGAUACGUUUCAUUUUCAUAAGACAUUCAAAGUACCCACAGAAGCCAUUUGAUGCUAGUUUAUUGUAAAAUUCACCUCAAGCUGGAGCAACAUCAUGCUUAGCCUGUCUAAUGAUGUGCACAAUAUUCCCUUGUAUGAACAACAAAAACAGUAUCCUUUCCUGCUGUCAGAUUACCACCUUUGCAACCAGCUAAAGAAAUCCAUGUUUCCGUCAUUUCACCCUCCUUGCACAAGUCAAGAUGCGACUUCCAAUACAGAGUUGCACAUCCAGCAACGAUAAUCCUUGCUCGUUGUCAUGUCUAGAGGUGCUAUUUUAAUUUCAGGCAUAUGUGUGAACAGCAUAGAGCAGUCGAUUCCCUCAAAUGCACCCAUUUUUUACAAACGUUUACACAGGAUAUAGUUCAGUGGAUCAUUAAAGGAAUAUGAUGCAUCACGCUUGUGUCAAAUCCGAUUACCUAUUCCACCUGCUACAGACAAGGGCUUCUCAAAUGCCAGUUACCUCAAGCCCAACACAACGUGUGUAAUUGAGUGGAGAUGCAUUUGAUGAACGUGGAAAUGUGUUUCGGGAAUUAGCAUGAUGUUUGUAAAGUGAGAGGCACCUUCUCGAAUACAACAGACUCACAUUAAAAUCGCAUGUAAUGUUUGGCUGUCAUAGCAUACCAUACAGUACCUCGUCAUCAAUCCGCAAAUAAGCCACACAACUCGAGGUUGUGUGGCUACAGCCAUGUGAUCUAUGCAUCUUCACUUGAUGGAAAAAUAUCGAGUCACUACUGAAGUCAAGAUUUUUGCAUUGUUAUUUUUGGAAGCUACAAUAUUAUGCACUCGCCAAAUGUGUUUUAUUUUCCAGGGUAAAUUCACAUCGCAUUAAUUGAUCCAUGUGCUCGUUUUUGCGUCUAGCCAGUAUGAUGAAACAUAUACCGACUGCAGAACAUUAAACCCGUGUAUAACGUCAGAUGUUCCGACGAAUCUGUUCAGUUUCCAUCUCACAAAUUAUUGCACGUACUCCAUAUGCCAAAUUUGGCUUCAAUAUUCUUACAUGCAAACUUGAUUAUGGUCGACUGUACUGUUUUAAAAUAUGUUUUUGAAACCACAAUAAAACUCCCUAAAACUGUACCUCUCUGAAGAUGCCAUCGGUGAAAGUGAUCAGAGAGAGGCCUGUACAGAAAAAUUUGCAAUUGACAAGAACCUCUGAACAAAAACAACGUUACAAAGAUUGGUAGAUGCACAAGAGGGAUUCUGCGAAAUCAUAAAAUGACUGAGCUCAACACCAUUUCAAGUUUCACUUUGCAAACCUGAGGCAGGACAGUGUGUUGUAAUUAGGUAUGAUCCAUGUAAUAUUUUGUCUAAUGUUACAAAAUAAAUCGAUUUUGCAUUCCA